AGAAAAUAACCCACUCGCCCACUCCAAUGGACACCCUCUACCACACAAUAGCGUCCCCCGCGCCAACAUGCUUCCUCGCCGCAUUUGGUUGCUUCUAUCUCGCAGCACACCGGCGGCCGGGUGACCAUGUCCGCCUCGUCCUAGGCUCCCUGAGCAUCCUCGGAACCGCCGCUGCCGGCUACAUCAGGGGCCAACAGCCAGACCGGGACUCGGCCCCGACCUUUAUCCUGGUCAUGCUCUCUAUCGCCGUCUUUCUGCGCACCUUUACCCUGCUCUUCUGGAAGGGGUUCGUGGUCGAGUCGACAAGCACACUGUUCGACACGCAGAAGCUCCGGCAUAUGUUUGUUUUUUGGACGACCCUCAUCACUGACAAGCCGACGCCGACAAAUGAGGGCGCGGCAGGCCAUCCAGCCGAAAAGACCACCACCACCACCACCACCACCACCACCAAACCUACCAACAACCCAAACUCCAUCCCCAUCUUCGUCGCCCACACCCUCAACCGCCUCCUAACCUUCUAUGCCCUCGAUCAGCUCACCUCCCACCUCAUCAACACCGCCACCCUCGGCCUAAACCUCACCCUCGACGACUUCGCCCCUCCGAAGCGCGCCCUCCUCCCGCCCUCCGACGCCCUCAACGCGCGCGAGCUGUGCCUGCGCGCCGUCACGGCCGUGAACUGGAUCCGCGCCACCCACCUCGCCCUCUGCACCCUGCGCGAGGCCCUCGCCGUCCUGCACGUCGCCGUCCUGCGCGCCGAAAGCCCCGACGAGUGGGCGGCCCGCGCGUCGUCGUCGCCGCUGUACGGCGCCCCGCAAGAGGCCUACACGCUCCGCCGCUUCUGGGGCGUCUUCUGGCACCGCCUGCACGUCGAGACGCUGGCGGCCUACACGCCGCCGUUUUCGCGCCUGGCCGGCUGCGGCAGCGGCGUGGUCGCCAUGGCGGACAAGAUGCUGGCCGCGGGCUGGAUCUUCUUCUCGUCCAGCCUCUGCCACGCCGCCACGGGCUGGGUGCUGACCGGACGGAGCCACGCGUUCGAGCAGGCCCGCUUCUUCCUGCUCAACUGGGCGCUGUGCUUGCUGGAGACAGUGGCCGGACGGUUCUUCUUCUCAGGCGCCGGCGGCCGGCGGCGGGGCGCCCCAGUCCCCGCCUGGCGGCGCAUGUUGGGAUACGUCUGGGUCCUGGGCAUAUUCUUCGCCCUGGCGCCGGGGUGGCAGUACUCGACCGUUUACGACAGCGUCUUGGAUAGUGCUUGGUGAGGCUCCACAAUGGCGCAUGGACUGCGAAAAGGAUAUUCGUCUAAUAAGCUCCCAAAAAAAAUCCCUUUGCCUUCAGCCAUCUCAGGUUUACUGACCUGCCGUUCUCGCAACAGUUUACACAUAUUUGAACAGGAUACAGAACUUUCAUCAUUGAAUUAUACUCUGCUCGCCAACAUGACACAGCGGAAAUCGUCAGGCUUGACUUCGCCACAGU